GGGUCGCGCACGCGCGCGCCCCCAUCCAUCAUCUCCGCACCGAGCACCGCCUCGCGCGCGCCCAGUAACCCUCGUCGGUCGGCGGACCGACAGACACUCCCCUCCCCCCCGCGCACACACAAAUUCCAAGGCUGUCGGUUAUAAAUAUUAUUUCGUCCGCGCUUUUUUGCAGGCCAAAGCUUCGCCAAAGUCGCUUUUGUGUGCGUGUGGUAGCGCAGCGAGCCGGGUGUCUGCGCGGUCUUCACGAGCUUUCGACGAUCGGGCCUGCCGACGAACGCAUUUCUUUCUCGCCUGCACGCGCGUCGCACGGGCAGCCCCUCGGCGGGAAGCGAGAGAAAUGGAUGAAUAUAAAAAGUUCGAUGCUGACCCCUCUCCCAGUCGGACACCCACGGAUGGGGAGGACAAGAAUGCAUCCCAUUCGCCGCAGAAGAACCAGAGCUUCUCGCCAUUCAGCGAGAAUAAAAUCCGGCGCAAGGUGCGGGGCAAUGGCAACCCGCUGGGCGACAUGAUCACGCGGCUAUCGAGCAGCGAGAUGCUGGCGCUUAUAGACCCCGUCUUCAACUCCGAGUCGUUCGAUGCAAAACUGUACACUUCUUCUCUGUUCGAGAGCAUGCAGAUCGCCGAGAUUCGUCGCCAGGUGAAGGAAAAGCUGCUGUCCAGCCAGAAUCUGGCCGCUCAGCGCCUGCAGAAGAACGUGCAUAGCAACUAUCCCUUCUUCAUAGCCGCGUCCAAAGACAUCGCCAAGCUCGACACGGGCGUGCUGGAGCUGAGGAACGGCCUCGGAGAGAUCGGGACAGUGUUCACGGGCCUGAGGCGGGUCUCUUUUAACAGCCACAAAUUGCUGUUGCAAGAGACAAGUCGCAAGUCUCCUGAGUCGAACAGCCUAGUCAAGGAUGUGCAUUGGCUCUUGGAGCUGCCGGACGAACUUGACAUCUUGAUUUCUGAGCGAUUGUUCAAGACGGCGGUGGAACAGGUGGAGAAGGCCAACAAACUCAGCAAGUCCCUGCUGCCCGCACUCCGGUACAAGGGGAUCAGGGAGCCGCUGGAACAGCGAGUGACGAUGCUGUCACAGUCCCUGUUGAAGGAGCUGCGAAACUUGUCACUAAAGAAGACGGAAACUCGAAUGAUCAUCACCUACUUGACGCGCCUGGGAUACGCCGAAGCGGCGCAGGAAAUCUAUUUCAGCACGAUCAACAAGAAGAUUCGCACAGAAAUUUCCAAACUGGCCCCAAUAACCGACGGCCAUUCGCACAUCGAAGAGCUGGCCUACGUCCUGUUCGCGUCCAUCGACUCGACCUGUGAUGACUUUUUGCACUGCUUCAAUGACGACACCUCGGUGGUCUCCGGACUGCUCGUAUGGGUAAUACGCGUGAUACAAAAGUACUCGCAGUUCAAACAUAGCACGGACGUGUCGCUCGAAGAUCUCGCGUCGCUGGACCAGAGCUUCGACGUCUUUCUGACUCAGUGUCGAAUGUUGAAGCACCGGGGCCUGUCAAUCGCCUUCUACGUGCGACAAAUCUUCCAAAAGCCGCUGGUCGCGGCGAGCAACCAGUUCCGCCAAAAAGUCGAGGACAAACUGGUGGAACUGCUGAGCCAGGAGCCGUGGGAAUACGACCGCAGCGAAGACGAGGAUCACGCCGAUUCUCGCUGCACCGAGAGCUGUCGUUACGUCAACCACAUGACCAGAGCCUAUCUCGACAGUCUGAAGAACACGCUCAAGUUGGGCCUCGAACACCACUUCCAAUUUGUGUACGCGAGUCUAAUUCAAAAAUAUUUUUCGGAGCUGCUUUCGAUCGUUCAGACGCACCGAAGGAAACUGGACGAUCAUCAGCGCGUCGUGCUUUUAUCAGACGCCUUCUAUCUCUGCGGCGCGGUGUCGGAGACGGUCGACCGCGCGCCCGAUCAUCUGUUCACCGAACUGAAGGCGUUUCAAAAGUAUCUCGGGUUUCAGUGUCGCGAACUAGAGCGGCUGAUCGUGACUCUAACGGCCCAAGACAUUGUCUACACGUACCUGGAACGCACGAACAUCGAGCGCUACCAGGUGGAAGAGGGGUCUCUGAAGAAGAGCGGUGGGCCGUCCAAAAACGCCGUCCAAGUGGUUCAGUACGUGCUAAAAGAACUGAAAGAAUUUAUGGUCUUUUGGCUCGGCCUGUCAAAAGUGCCAAACAUUUUGACAGGCUUGUGGAUCCGAAUAUUCGACGAAUGGCACUUGAACUUCUCGGCCGGGGGAGCGCUCGAAGGGGCGGGUCGGUUGAAGUACACGCAGUUUGUGGUGGACGUUUGCUUUUUGCUGGAGGCGGCGCUAAGCGAGGCGAAGAACGGAGAGGAGCUGGAAGAACUGGCGGGUAGGAUGCUCGAAGAGAGUGGGUCCUUGUUCGGGGUGGGGGACAUAGCCCCUGACGAGCGUUCCGAGCUGAAGAUGUGGGCGCAGGACGUGGCGAGGGCCAGUUUGAAGCAAAUUGGCAUGUAUUAAAAAAAAAAGUAUGACAGGAUGGUGAAGUUUUUAUCGGGUCAUUUUCAUUAGAAUUAGAAUGUCCGUCGACGCAUUUCCGCUUAGCGAUUUGAUUUACAUCAAGGGUUCACCGGUGGACCUCGAGAGCUUGAAGGGGAAGAAGAUUGUGGUUUUGGAGUUGUGGGCUACGUGGUGCCCGCCCUGUCGUAAGAGCAUUCCGCACAUUACAGAGGUGGCGUCUCAGUUCCCCGACGUGGUGUUUAUAGGGGUGACCAGCGAGGAGGACGUUGAACAUGUGAAGAGCUUCGUCGAGCAGAUGGGGGAAAAAAUGGCAUACACGGUGGCAAUUGACAACACCAACCGAGUGACGCAGCAGUACAUGAAUGAGUUUAAGUUAUCAGGUAUUCCUUGCGCGUUCGUGAUAGACUACGAUGGGAAGGUGUGCUGGAAUGGCCACCCGCUUGAAGACGGGAUGGUGGAAACAAUCAAGCGAAUCAGGCGGUAGGUCAGGAAGAGGGGAGGUCCUCUUUGCCGCCUGAUGACGUGUGUGUUUGCAUAAUAGAACAGAUUUAAAAAAAAAAAGUUUUAGAGGGGGGAGGAAGUCACGAAUUUA